AAUUGCCUCCCGGAAGUUCCACGUCAGUCAGUCGGCUGGUCAGCGGGUCGGUGGGUCUCUGAGGGACUGCGUCGCCGGUGGCAAGUGACGGCUCCCGGGCUCGGACCAACGGAGCGAUGCCUCUGCGACUUGAUAUAAAGAGAAAGCUAACUGCUCGAUCGGAUCGAGUUAAGAGUGUGGAUUUGCAUCCUACAGAGCCAUGGAUGUUGGCAAGUCUUUACAAUGGCAGUGUGUGCGUUUGGAAUCAUGAAACACAGACAUUGGUGAAAACAUUUGAAGUGUGUGAUCUUCCUGUUCGAGCUGCAAAGUUUGUUGCAAGAAAGAAUUGGGUUGUGACAGGAGCAGAUGACAUGCAGAUUAGAGUGUUCAAUUACAAUACUCUGGAGAGAGUUCAUAUGUUUGAAGCACACUCAGACUACAUUCGCUGUAUUGCUGUUCAUCCAACCCAGCCUUUUAUUCUGACUAGCAGCGAUGACAUGCUUAUUAAGCUCUGGGACUGGGAUAAAAAAUGGUCCUGCUCACAAGUGUUUGAAGGACACACCCAUUAUGUUAUGCAGAUUGUGAUCAAUCCUAAAGAUAACAAUCAGUUUGCCAGUGCAUCUUUGGACAGGACCAUCAAGGUAGGGUGUCUACUAUUUGUAUCUGUUUUAAUGGGUUUUGACCGUACUUUUUUUCCAUUUUGCUGGAUUGUCCUUGCUUUUGACAUAGAAGUAUUUUAUUAUGAAGAUGAAGCAUUGUUUCAUAACUUCCACAUUUCAUUGGUCCUACUUCUCUCCCUGGCUUCCAUAAUUUCCAGGUUUGUUGUGGUGUGUGGUGAUGGUGAGUAUAUCAUCUACACAGCAAUGGCAUUGAGAAACAAGAGCUUUGGGUCUGCUCAGGAGUUUGCAUGGGCCCACGAUUCUUCAGAAUAUGCAAUUAGAGAAAGCAACAGUGUUGUAAAGAUAUUUAAGAACUUUAAGGAAAAAAAAUCAUUUAAACCAGAUUUUGGAGCUGAAAGUAUUUAUGGAGGCUUCUUACUGGGAGUCAGAUCUGUAAAUGGCUUAGCUUUCUAUGACUGGGACAAUACAGAACUCAUACGCAGAAUUGAAAUUCAGCCCAAACACAUUUUCUGGUCUGACUCUGGAGAGCUGGUCUGUAUUGCCACUGAGGAGUCAUUUUUUAUCUUGAAAUACCUGUCGGAAAAAGUCUUGGCUGCACAGGAAACACAUGAGGGAGUUACUGAAGAUGGCAUUGAAGAUGCCUUUGAGGUUCUUGGUGAGAUUCAGGAAAUUGUGAAAACAGGGCUGUGGGUAGGCGAUUGCUUCAUUUACACAAGUUCUGUGAACAGAUUAAAUUAUUAUGUUGGAGGAGAAAUAGUCACCAUUGCCCACUUGGAUAGGACAAUGUAUCUCCUGGGCUAUAUUCCUAAAGACAACAGGCUUUAUCUGGGGGAUAAAGAACUGAACAUCGUAAGCUAUUCUCUGCUGGUUUCAGUGCUGGAAUACCAGACAGCUGUCAUGAGAAGGGACUUCAGCAUGGCUGAUAAGGUUCUUCCUACCAUUCCAAAAGAACAGAGGACCAGAGUUGCACACUUUCUAGAAAAGCAGGGCUUCAAGCAGCAAGCUCUUACAGUAUCCACAGAUCCAGAGCAUCGCUUUGAACUUGCUCUUCAGCUUGGAGAACUGCACAUUGCAUACCAGUUAGCAGUAGAAGCAGAGUCAGAACAAAAGUGGAAACAACUUGCCGAACUUGCCAUCAGUAAAUGUCAGUUUGGCCUUGCCCAGGAGUGCUUGCACCAUGCACAGGAUUAUGGGGGUCUGUUGCUCUUGGCCACUGCCUCCGGAAAUGCUAGUAUGGUGAACAAACUAGCAGAGGGUGCAGAGAGAGACGGCAAGAAUAACGUGGCAUUCAUGAGCUACUUUUUACAGGGCAAGCUUGAUGCUUGCCUGGAACUCUUGAUCAGAACUGGCCGACUGCCAGAAGCUGCCUUCCUGGCCCGGACUUACUUACCCAGUCAGGUUUCAAGGGUGGUGAAACUCUGGAGAGAAAAUCUUUCAAAAGUCAAUCAGAAAGCAGCAGAAUCCCUUGCCGAUCCAACAGAGUAUGAAAACCUUUUUCCUGGAUUAAAAGAAGCCUUUGUUGUGGAAGAAUGGGUGAAGGAAACACAUGCUGAUCUGUGGCCAGCCAAGCAAUACCCACUUGUCACGCCAAACGAAGAAAGAAAUGUUAUGGAAGAGGCAAAAGGCUUUCAGCCCUCAAGAUCUGCAGCUCAACAGGAACGUGAUGGGAAACCUGCUUCUCCUACUCCAGUUAUUGUGGCCUCCCACACAGCCAACAAAGAAGAAAAGAGUUUACUUGAACUGGAAGUAGAUCUGGAUAAUUUGGAAUUAGAAGAUAUUGACACGACAGACAUCAACCUGGAUGAAGAUAUUUUGGAUGAUUGAGCGUAAUGUUUCUUGAGAACCCAACUUCACAGAUCAUCAUUAUGGACGGGUAUUGAUUGCCACCCUGACCACAGUGCUUUGGACCCUGAGAAACUCCUUAGAUUUUUAUAUGAAAACGCUGUGUGUGGCCCACUGGGAGUACAGUGCUUUUCUCAUCUUAGGCGUGGUUUAUGUGCAGCACCUAAAUCACUGUUUCCUUGUUAAGUAAACCAAAUGUGGGCUUUGAUUUUUUUCAUACUGUCAUUAGACCGUAUCUCAUAAAAUCUUUUGAAUUAAUGAAAAUA